CAUGACGUCAUGCGCGUAUUGGCUCCUCAUUGGUCAGGGAGCUGUGUUGGCAGCGUGUAGCACUGUUUGAAUUUCUGGCGCUGUUGAUCUGAUAUUGUGUGGCCAUGCGACACAAUAAAUCGGCACAUAAGCGAAAGCUAUCGACCCCCAGGCGCCGAUCUCCCCCCGAGCCGCCACCGCCACCCUCGACAUCCAGAGCCCGGCGCACCAGCGGACCCUCCGAAGCGUCCCCUCGCAAGAAACACAGGUUUCGCCCUGGCACUCGAGCUCUCAUGGAGAUCCGCAAAUAUCAGAAGUCUACUGAUCUGUUGCUGCGCAAGGCCCCGUUUUCACGACUGGUGCGAGAGGUGUGUCAGACAUUCAGUCGAGAACACAUGAUGUGGCAGGGAUUUGCUCUAAUGGCUUUACAGGAG